AUGUGUUUUACAGGGCUGGGCGCGUGCAUGGAUGUUGCUACAGAAGUGGAAGUGGUUGCAGAUGAGCCAAGAGAGACCAGCUACAAUGAAGUGGAAGAAAUGGAAAUUCUUGAAGAUGAGACUGCCUCGGUUUUUUUCUCCAAGCCUGGUGUAGCAACCACUGACAUUUUUAAGCCAUCGACAAGUUCUGACAUGGGAGCGGGUACCUCUUCGAGAGAUGCUCCUGAGGGCGAACCCUCGGCAACAGAGGUUGUGGUUGAACCAACGGACUCCAGUUACGGUGGACUGGAAGAAAUGGAAAUUCUUGAAGAUGAGACCGGCCUGGCUCUGUUCUCCGAGCCCAGUGCAUCAGAAAUUGACACCUCUGGGCCAUCAACAAGUUCGGUAAAUAGGCAUUGCAUUAUUACUGCCUUGACUGGGUAA